ACCGGGUGUCCUGUCAUGGCGGCUGAACUUGGCAGCAUAAAAUAUUAACAUUUCAAAGUAUUUCUAAGGUUUUCGUCUUCUUUGGGUCACUUUAGAGAUAAUUAUAUACAGAAGAAGAGAAGGAGACUGUUUGGUAUCAAGUCAAAGUUUUAUUAAUCUUCAAAAAUGGAUAUAGGAUUGAACGAACAUCACCAGAAGAAUGUUGUYAACUAUUUGCGCUUUGCAAGGUUCAAUCGAAGUCAAAGAUUGAGAGGAAUAGAAGGGGCAUUUGAAGAUCUUAAGGAUAGCAGGCUUGUAGAAGAUACGUACACUUUAGAUGAAAUAACAGAAAUGCUGACUGGUCUUUGUGCUGUUGUGAAAGGAGAAGUAGAAUCAGAAUUAAUCAACACAGCACACACYAAUGUUCUUCUACUCAGACAAGUUUUUAGUCAGGCAGAAAAAUGGCACCUCAAACUACAAGCUGAUAUAUCUGAACUAGAAAACAGGUGAGGUAUAGAAUGUAGUCAUGGUUUGGUGAUUAAACA